AUGCAACGAGCUAGUGGUGUGCUGUUUCUUUUCCUCACAUUCAGCCAUGUUUUGUGGGUGUUUUCGGACAAUUCGGGCCCAAAAUUUGGUUCCUUCGUUACAUUUGGUGCCAAAACAGCCAACUUAAACCAUUGCUAUUCCAGCAUGAUUCAAGCGAACGUCUUCAGCUUACUACCGAUCACAAGGAUCGUCACCUUUACACCGAAAAUGUACGUGAAAUAUAUAACUGUGUCCUCCAAAACGUCCAGCAUACUUUCGGCCAAAAUUGUGCAAGGUGGAGUCGACAUGGAUGGCUUGCGCCCGAUCAGUGUUGCACUUACAUCCGAUCUUGGUGGACGGCUAAGUGCGGAAAUCAACGCGUACUGUCGUUAA